AUGUUGAAGCCAAGUUUUUCCACCAAAGCCGACCCUAUCUCCACUGCGUUUUACGCCGGCGUGCAUGCGUCGCUGAUGGCGCACAGCUCCACGGCUGAGGACGACGUUCGCGUUGAGGUUGUCGAAAGGGAAGCGAAGCUGGACAACUACGCCACCGUUCUGGAGGACGUGCUGCAGAAAGAAAAGGACAUUCUCGUUCUUCUGGCCCAGUUUGAUGAUGCUUUCAUUAUGAGUGCGCUUUCGGUCUUGCCUCGCCAUGACCUCGUCUCUUUCGCCCCGUUCACUAGGUCGAGUGCGGUGCGUGGGUGGAACCCCCAUGUGUACUUCUUGCGCGCCGGCCCUAAGUCCGAGCUGCUGGCGCUUCUCCGCUACGCCGUGGCUCAGCUGCGGGUGCUUCGGCUGGGCUUCAUGUACCUGCAGGGUGAUUUUUAA